AUGUUCCGCGCUCGGCCAAAUCACAUCCGUCCGUCUGAAGUCUCGGCCAAAGUUCCAAACCACCGGCCGAUCACGCAUCACGACCCGGGAAACAUUGUCCCGCGGUCGGCCAAGCUCAACGCCCACCGCGCACGACCAAACGCGCGAGCCGGGAAACAAGCCUCGCGGCCGCGCAACCUUCGCGUACCACGGCCGAUGCAUCCGUCCGAGCCGGGAAGAACGUCCCACGUCCGGCCGAGAAUUUCAUCGGCCAAUCUCAUCCGCUCGACCACGCCGGCCGACCGCGAAUCCGUCCGACCCCGACCGUUCCGACUCGCCCACGACCCGAUUGUCCGGCCGAUCGUCCCGCACGACCGUCCCAACGCCGCGGUCGACCCGAAGCCCUUUUUGAAGCCCAAACUUAUGUUUUCAAGCCCGGCUUAA